CCUGAAACUGAGCUACGGACAGUGCUCCCCUUCCUUGUGGAACAGAUUCUCCAUGCUAGAAGAAUCAGUUGGAUUUAGUUGGUGAAUAGUUGUUUUUUCUUUCCUCAGCAGUGGUUUGAAAUAGCAGUUGUUUAAAGUAGGAGCUUGAAAACAAGACUACGUUAUUUAAUUUUGUUAUGAAAAGGCUUUUAGAGCACAGUUCAUAAGUUUAGGAGUUCUGUAAAUGUUCCUGUCACUUGUCUGGAAUGUUAAGUAUUGCAACAGUUACACAUCGCUCACAGCAGUUGCAGCUCUGAAGUUUUCUCCAAAGAAGGAGUAGACAAAUUUAGGUAUAUAACAGUCAAUUCUUGCCCAAAGCUGUGGUCUUUCCUCCCUUCUGUUUAAAAGAGAAGUAGCAAUAGCAAAUGAGGCUUGAAAACAGUGGAUGAAAAACGUAACUUAAAAAGGUAGAAUUCCUAUUUUCGUAAUUCCACAACUUGUAAUGGAAAACUGUAAAAACCCUUUUGAAUUUUUAAGAUAGAAAGUAAUAGGAAAGUCUUUCCUCUCUAAAUAACUACCUGCAGUAGUUGUUCCAAAAUUGCAGCACCCAUAAAUCAUUGUCAUCUGUAUAUUUUCCUCACAGCACAAGAACAGAGCAGACAUGGCCUUGACUGGUGCAGGGAUCCAUCCCACCUAGUACUGGGAUGUGAGCAGAUGCCUCAGGAAAAACACCCAAACCUAAAGUCUUCCCUCCUACCCUGCCUGCUUUCCUACCCUGCAAUUAUUUUUGGCUCAGAGGGGUUUCUGAGCCCUUUGUGUUCAGCUAUUUAGCAUCCAUUAGGGAAUUUCUCUACCUUGUGCAUGUCCAGUCUACUCUUACACUCUCACUUUGUGCAGCCACAGCAUUCUUUCAGUCUUCAUUAAAAAUAAAGCUCAUUUUUCUUAAUUUGAACCUGGCUCUAACUUCGUUUGUUGGUCUUUUGGUACUAGAAGAGAUGAUUAACAGCCAGUCCCCGUCUGCCUUCUCAGUAUCAUCCAAGAUUUGAUAGACAUAGAUAGAUCUGUCAUUUUCCCUGUGAGAUGUCUCAUGGGAGCUAUUACAUAUCUUUGAUCUUAUUUUUGCCCCUUGUUGAAACUCUGCCAGGUCUAUAAGACCAUUUUUUGGGGUUUUUUUUUUUUUUUUCCCAGGUGGAGAGACCAGAGCUGCACAUACCAAUUAAGCUGAGGGUAGAUGGGCAAAAAAAUUGAGUUGUUGAGUGAGAUAUUUGUAUUUCACGAUUUGUUCCCUGUUCCUUUCUUUAAUAAUUCCUGGAAUUGCUUUGUUGUUGGUUCGUUUGGUUUUUUUGCCUUAUUCCAAACACUGUUGGAAUAAAACCUGAUAGUUUAAUGAAGCUGUGAAUCAAAACACUGAAGUCUUGCUGAGCAAUAUUGAUGAAUUGAGAGCAUCUUUAUAUAUGAAGCUGAGAUUGCUUUUCCCCAAGAGAUAGAUUGCUUUGUGUUUGCCUACAUUUAAUUUGAUUUGCUGUUUUUAUUGUCCAGUUAGUCUCUUCUGUGAUUCCAUGCAGUUUCCUGUUAUCCUUGGUAUCUUAAAUAACCCUCUAGCAUCAGCUAACUUUCAGGUCACUAAAACUGAUGUCUUAAUCUUAAGCAAUAAAACAAAUGCACUGCUUUGGGCUUCUGGAAUCUGGUGGUUAAUGGAUUAUGUUUUUGGAAUUAUUGAGCAAGAGACAUCAUGGUAGAGUGCUUGUGCAGCUUGCAGGCUGGAAGCUUGAGCUGUGGACCUUAUAAAUGUCAAAAACUCUGUCUCUUCCUAUGUAGCUUAUUUUGUAUCCCCCUGGGGAGGUUCUGAAUCUGUGUUUCACAGGGGGUUGAAAAGGCUGUAUUUCAUAAUCUUUUCUUCUCAGUUCUGCCUUUUGGGACUGUGUAAGUGACCCAAAAAUGUCAUUCCCUUAUUAUCUGGGAAAAUGUUGUCAGCCUAAAUACAUCAAAACCAAAGAACCUGUACAAAUAGAGGGUGAAAGUGUACUACCUCCAUUGCUCUUAGACAUGAAUAUUUCUGUUUUCCUCUGUAACUUGGGUGUGUGAUUUUUCAAAUAUGCUCAGUAUAGACAAUUUUGAGGGAUUAGUUUUUCUAUAUUUCUGAAACUCUUAGAAGUUAAUUCUAAGAUUAUUUAUCAUUUUAGUAAUAAUUCACAACUUUUAAAUAAAUAAAACCACUUAAUACCUUUUGAUACCUUGUAUUUUCAACCAAAAGCAAAAGACUAAUACCUGUGUAGUGCUUAACCCUCGCUCACCUUAGAGCCAUAGGAAGUUACUUUUUGUACUCUUGUAAUUGGGUCUACUUCUGUGACAGGAAUAUUGGCAUAAAUAGGCUUAUUAGAUAAUGGGUUAGAUUAUUUUAAUCGCAGUUAGAAAUCAUACCCUCCCUGCUUCAGCUUUCAGGUUUCUAAAGAGUACAUAAGAGUCACUCUGAAAGCAUUGCAUGUUGGCUGGGUGGAUGUAUCAUAUCAGUUUACAGUAAAGAGCAGAGCCAUGCCAUUGGGCAAAACACUUUUAAAUUAUUAUUUAUGGAGUUGUAUUUGCAGUUGGUAUAAAAUGCAGGACUGGUUUCACAUGCCUCGACAGAGCAAGGAGAGCACGCUCCUGAACAAGAUUCUCUUUUGUUUCCUGGACUAUGUGUGCUGUGGAAAGAGAGACCUCUGGGAAAGGAUACAGGUUAGAGGAAAUAGUUACAUUUUAGUUUAGGAAUGCAGUCUUUCUAUCUGAUAUUUUGGGCUUUGUUUUGUCAUUUUUCCAUCUUGAUUUAUUUUAUAAUUGAUACUGUACUGCUGGUGUUAAUCAGGUGUUUUCCGGUAAUGUCUUGUGCCUGUUGAUAGAUUAAUAGUUUGCUUAGUAGUGUGAUAGAUUAAUACUUUGUUUAGUAGUGUGAGAUGAGGAACCUCCAAAAGUCUCUCUUUUGGCUACCUCAUGGCGUUACAACUCUUAAUGGCACUGCAACUUCUUAGCAUUAAGCUGCUACUUCACUCUUUCGUUUUUCGUUUUUCUUUUCUUUUUUUUCUUUUUUUUUUUUUUUUAAUUUCUUGAGGUGGGAGGAAGUGUGUGUAAAGGGAAAGGAAGUCUUCAGUAAUUCCUUCUUUCUCCCUAGGGUAAAAUAUAAACUACAGCUUCAUAUGCAGUAUUUGCUUUUUAAAACAAUAGUGAAAGAAUAUUUUAGCUUUCAUUUGAAUGAGAGUGUUAUUUAGUGUGUGUGUUGAUCUUUAGAAAGUUUCAUUUGGCUAGUGAGCAUUUUUUUUCUUAUUUAAAAUUAAUGUUGGGCAGAGACAAGUUUAUUGUUGAUUCCUAAUACUGUGUCUUCCUAAGGAAUGUGUUCCUCUUUAGAAGCAUAAAGGUCGUCUUUUUCUGCAAUAUCUGCCUCUUGAGAAACUGGGUGAAGUAGGGAUUUUUCCACUUACAGUUCAACAAUAUUGAUGUCUUCUGUUUUCAGUGCUGAAACCCCAUCCUCUUUUUCCUUCCUGGAGAAGGCAGGAGGAGAGAAAUUUGCACAGAGAGGUCAUAAAUUCACUUUUAGGAGCCUGAGUGAGCAGCUGUUUUCAGAACCUCUAAUGCUAAUUAAUGCCUUCUCCUUAUUUUAAGCCAAGUUGGACUCAUUUGUAUCUUUUUCUCAGUUUUAAAACUGUAAUUAUGCAAUCUUCUUUCAGUAAGAAAGUAACUACUAGAGUUUAGUUUGUCUGGAACAAAAACAGGACCAGCAGUACCCAAACUUUCCUGUUCUCUAAGUAUCUUUGAAGUCUCUGGAAAGGUGGUUCUACCUUUGAGUUUCAGUAAAUCACAAAUAGUAGUUUUCAAUGUAAAAUUUAUGAGUAUUUUAACUAGUGCUGUGCUGAAACAUGAGGGUUAUACUUAGUUACUUUGUUGAGUUUCGCUUACUUACAUCACUUUGCAAUGCAGUUGCUGCUAUUGAAGCAAAUACUGUGGCAUGUUUUCAGGAACAAAACUGUUUCUAAAACAUGUGUUUUUAGAAAAUCCAUUAUGGAUGAGAAAUGUCUAACUGCACCCAGUCUUCUGUCACUGAUGACCUCUGUGAUAUAUUCAUUGGCGUAUAAAUGGUUUGUACUGUAAAAGCUAAUGUUAGCCUGUAUUUCUCUUAUUAUACAUCCAGUGGGUUACAUUACUGUAUUACUUGCUGUAAGAAGUGGAUCCCAAAUGUACGGAUCUUUUACUGUGCAUGCAAAGAUCAUGUGGGCAUCUGGCAUGUUGUAAGGUGUGUCAGACUUGAUGAAUGUGCUCUGUAGACUUGAUAAAUGUCUAUUGCAAGUGGCCAUUGCGGGAUGUCUGCAUGCCAGCUGGAACUACUGCUUUACCUAGAUUGCCAGACAAGGUUGUCAAGCUCUGCCGAAAUGUAUGAUAGUCAUACACUAACCUUCAUUGUAGCACUGGUUUUCUAGCUCUGUGAGCUGUCGAAAAGCUAUGGUUCUGAUUUACUGGAUUUGUUGCAAGACAAAUUGAGGUAAUUUUUAAAUGCAGUCAGCUUCACAAGCUGUGCACUGGAACUUCAUUUGUUUCUCAAGUAUGCUACAGGCAACUUUUUUAUGUAGUCUGUAGAACAUCAAAAUAUUCAAUAGCAACGAUGCCAGCUUUACUAAACAACUCUAUCCUCUUUGGUCUUUUCAGUUUUAGUUUUCAAUUGCAUAAGAUCAAAAGCACAAGUAAGUGUUGAACUCAUAAACAUGAAAAAGGCAAGAAAUAUUUGUUUGUAAAUGCAUCAUAAACAGACAGCCCAGAAUGAAGAAAGCAAGCAGGAGUGUUGGCUCAGUGCCCAAAGUGCCUGGAGUAAAUAAAACUCAAACAACUGACAAAGCCAAACCAGAAAACGGCUCCUCAGUGUCUGCAGUAACAAAACUGUCUAAAACUGGGACAUCAGCAUCUCUUUUGAAGAUUUGUCCUGUUUUGUGGAGUUUUCGAAGUGGGUGGGCAAUGAGCACAGGAAGAAACUUUGAGACCCACCUUUCUGUGCAGCUUUGCACUGCUCCAGAGACUAAGAGCAAUGAUGACCUCUUAGCGGGGAUGGCAGGUGGUGGUGGAGUGACGAUGACCAACGGUGUCAAGGCAAAGAAGAGCACUUGUGUAUCAACAGCAUCUUCAGCCUCAGGGACAACCAUGAACAGUCUGGAAAAUAAACCCAAAGCUAUUGCAGGUACCAGUUCCACAACUAAGCGUAGCACUUCUUCUGGAAAUAAAGAGUCAAGCUCUUCUAGAGAAAGAAUACGUGACCGUUCUCGUUUAAGCCAGAGCAAAAAGCUGCCUUUGACUGGCCAGGGGACCAAUGAUACGGUACUGGCAAAACGCUUCCGCAGUCGCACCAACCCAGAAUCAGACAUUCGAAUGAGCAAGUCCAAAUCAGACAAUCAAAUCAGUGACAAAGCUGCAUUGGAAGCAAAGGUGAAUGAUCUUUUGACAUUGGCAAAAACUAAAGAUGUGGAAAUCUUGCAUCUGAGGAAUGAGCUAAGGGAUAUGCGUGCUCAGCUGGGACUUAAUGAGGAUCAGCUUGAAGGUGAUGAAAAAUCUGAGGAAAAAGAGGCCACAGUUGUCCAUCAGCCAACUGAUGUAGAGUCUACAUUGCUACAGUUACAGGAACAAAACACUGCCAUCCGAGAAGAGCUCAACCAGCUGAAGAAUGAGAAUCGAAUGUUAAAAGACAGACUAAAUGCAUUAGGCUUUUCUUUGGAACAAAGGCUGGAUAACUCUGAAAAACUCUUUGGCUAUCAGUCCUUGAGUCCAGAGAUUAUAGCUGGCAAUCACAGUGAUGGUGGUGGUACUCUGACAUCUUCAGUGGAAGGUUCUGCUCCUGGAUCAAUGGAAGACUUGUUAAGUCAGGAUGAAAACACUUUGAUGGACAACCAACAUAGUAAUUCCAUGGAUAAUUUAGACAGUGAGUGCAGUGAAGUUUAUCAGCCACUGACAUCAAGUGAUGAUGCCUUAGAUGCUCCAUCAUCUUCGGAGUCUGAAGGUGUACCAAGUAUAGAAAGGUCUAGGAAGGGAAGUAGUGGUAAUGCAAGUGAAGUGUCCGUAGCUUGUCUGACAGAACGGAUACACCAGAUGGAAGAGAAUCAACACAGUACAGCUGAAGAGCUCCAAGCCACGCUUCAAGAACUUGCAGAUUUGCAACAAAUAACACAAGAGCUAAACAGUGAGAAUGAAAGACUUGGAGAGGAAAAAGUAAUCCUCAUGGAAUCCUUGUGCCAGCAAAGUGACAAGUUGGAACAUUUCAGCCGCCAGAUCGAGUAUUUUCGGUCCCUUUUAGAUGAACACCAUAUUUCAUAUGUAAUUGAUGAAGAUAUGAAAAGUGGUCGCUACAUGGAGUUAGAGCAACGUUAUAUGGACCUUGCAGAGAACGCUCGGUUUGAGCGAGAGCAGCUGUUAGGUGUUCAGCAGCACUUGAGCAACACUUUGAAGAUGGCAGAACAAGACAACAAGGAGGCUCAAGAAAUGAUAGGGGCGUUAAAAGAACGAAAUCACCACAUGGAACGGAUUAUUGAGUCAGAGCAGAAAAGCAAAACAGCGAUAGCAUCUACCUUAGAGGAGUACAAAGCCACAGUAGCCAGUGACCAGAUUGAGAUGAACAGGCUGAAAGCUCAGUUAGAGCAUGAAAAGCAGAAAGUGGCUGAGUUGUAUUCUAUACACAACUCUGGAGACAAAUCAGAUAUACAAGAUUUGCUGGAGAGUGUCAGGCUGGAUAAAGAAAAAGCAGAGACCUUGGCAAGUAGUCUGCAAGAAGAUCUGGCACACACCCGCAACGAUGCCAACCGACUGCAGGAUGCCAUUGCUAAGGUUGAAGAUGAAUACAGAGUGUUCCAAGAAGAAGCCAAGAAACAAAUUGAGGAUCUCAAUGUGACUCUAGAAAAACUUCGGACAGAACUGGAUGAAAAAGAGACUGAGAGAAGUGACAUGAAAGAAACUAUCUUUGAGUUGGAGGAUGAAGUAGAACAGCAUCGUGCUGUGAAGCUUCAUGACAACCUCAUCAUAUCUGAUUUGGAGAAUACAGUUAAAAAACUUCAGGACCAAAAGCAUGACAUGGAAAGAGAGAUAAAGAAUCUCCACAGGAGACUCCGGGAGGAGUCAGCAGAAUGGCGUCAGUUCCAGGCUGAUCUGCAGACUGCAGUGGUUAUAGCAAAUGAUAUCAAGUCUGAGGCCCAGGAAGAGAUAGGAGACCUGAAGCGUAGGUUACAUGAAGCUCAGGAGAAAAAUGAGAAGCUCACUAAAGAGCUGGAAGAAAUCAAGUCACGCAAGCAGGAAGAGGAACGUGGUCGAGUGUACAAUUACAUGAAUGCUGUCGAGAGAGACUUGGCAGCUCUGAGACAAGGAAUGGGCCUGAGUCGCAGAUCAUCCACCUCCUCAGAGCCAACUCCUACAGUAAAAACACUCAUCAAGUCGUUUGACAGUGCCUCCCAAGUUCCAAGCCCUGCUGCUGCCACAAUUCCUCGCACUCCCCUGAGCCCAAGUCCCAUGAAAACUCCCCCAGCUGCUGCUGUAUCCCCUAUGCAGAGACAUUCUAUAAGUGGACCAAUCUCAGCUUCAAAACCCCUUGCUACGCUGACAGACAAAAGACCAAGCUAUGCUGAAAUCCCUGUUCAAGAACAUUUGCUAAGAACAUCCUCUACCAGCAGGCCAGCAUCUUUGCCAAGAGUACCUGCUAUGGAAAGUGCCAAAUCUAUUUCUGUAUCUCGAAGAAGUAGUGAAGAAAUCAAGCGGGAUAUCAGUGCACCUGAUGGAGCAUCUCCAGCAUCUCUUAUGGCAAUGGGUACCACCUCACCACAACUGUCACUCUCAUCUUCUCCUACAGCAUCAGUCACCCCUACAACCAGAAGUCGAAUAAGGGAAGAGAGGAAAGAUCCCUUGUCUGCCCUAGCAAGAGAAUAUGGAGGAUCCAAGAGAAACGCCUUGCUGAAGUGGUGCCAGAAAAAAACAGAAGGAUAUCAGAAUAUCGACAUAACAAACUUCAGCAGUAGCUGGAAUGAUGGUUUGGCUUUCUGUGCAGUCCUCCAUACUUACCUCCCAGCCCAUAUUCCCUAUCAAGAACUAAAUAGCCAGGACAAGAGAAGAAAUUUCACUUUGGCUUUUCAGGCAGCUGAAAGUGUUGGCAUCAAAUCUACUCUGGACAUCAAUGAAAUGGUGCGAACUGAGCGUCCAGACUGGCAGAAUGUCAUGCUGUAUGUUACAGCAAUUUACAAGUACUUUGAAACCUGAAACCCUAAUAAUUCAAAAGAUCCAUGGGAUAGAACCAACAUGAGUUACCAGAUGGAAACCUUACUGAAUGCUAAUCCCUAUUUCACUGAAAACUGGCAACAUUGGAGUCCCCUCAAACUUCAGUGAUGCUAUCCUGGAUUGCCUCAGAAUGCUUCAGCUACUAAGCCUGGAAAUAACUGUUUAAAAGCAAGAACUUGUUGCCACAGUACUUGGAGUAACCCGAGUUGUUAAGCUAUUCAGAUUAAUUAUGUAGCCUAAAGAGCCUGGACUACUUAUGUGCUGCCUUUCCAGCCAGACUUCCUGAAGCUUUCUUUCCUAGGAGAUUGAGAUGAAUGGAUCCUAUAGCAUAUAGCAAAGAUAAAGCUUUAAGAAGGAAAAGGCUAACAUGGCAUCAUAUUACUGAACUUUCUGUAGCAUCUUGAUACCGCAGAGUCUGAAUAUUUUACCCACAGCAUGUGGCACCCCAAUACAGUAGAGUUCUUGAUGGUAAAUUAGUUAUUGCCUUUACAGCUAUUUUCCCUCCUUUUAAAUGUGCACAAUAUUCUAGGAAAACAAGCUUUUAUUCCUAAUGACAAAUUGAGUGGAAAAGUGCUCUCAAUACCUCGAAAAAUUUGGCACAGAAGAACUCUCCAUUCUAAAGCUUCAUUAUAAGCCUACCUCUGUCACAGCUAUGUGGCUUCCAACUUUAUGGAUUGUAAAGACUAGCACACACAGCUCCUGGUUUUCAGGGUGUGCUGUACUUCAAGGAAUCUUUCCAAACUCCCUGUGCUUCCAUUAUAACAGAAAUGAAUCAAUAAUCAGCCGUUGCAUGGCUUGUUCUUUCCACUAUUCCUCCCUUGUCUGUGUAGCACACACAGCUACCCCAGGCUUUACAGCAAUAUGAACAUACGUCAUGGAUUUCCGUGAUAGAAUUUUGGAACUGGGAUAGCAUUUCCUCUGCAGAGAAGAUAUUUUCAAUAAGAUGUAAUAAUGAAGUAGUUUGUCUCAAAAUCCAUCUUUGCCAUGUUUUCUGUGUGGUUUUCAUUGAUCUUGCACAUCCUCAUCUGUCUGACAGAAGGUGAGACAUUCUCUGACAAGAACUAUGGAGGAACUGAUGUAAUGUGUAUACACCCAGCAGUCGUGAAUAUUGCGUGGAAAUGACUCACUGUCACAAGGAAGAAACUGAGAAACUUUAGUCUGCUCAACUUCUAUUUUCCUAAAAUGUACCUGAAUUCAUGUAAAUGUACCUAACAGUUCUUGGGCAAAAGAGUUCAAGUAAGUGCCUUAGUGAUCAUUGAAUUGAUAAAUACUGGCACUUCAGGGCCUUGUGUGGAAUGUUAAUAGCUCAGAAUGAUUUCAUAUAUCCAUUUGUAAUAAGCUGUUUGUUGAAAUCUUGUUUGUCAAAUCAAGGGAAGACUUCACGCUAUCAUUGCUUCUGCCUCUUAUUUUUCUGAAUACUUAUCAGCAGUUAAUCCACAGUUGAACAUCUCUCAUUAAUAUUGAGCAGAAGCCUACUUUAGAAGCGAGUUCUGUAACAACUGCUAUUUAUAAGCACUUGCUCUUUCAACACAGUAAUCCUGUUAUAAAGAAAAUGAAUCUGCCAUUUCUGUGGUGCUCUUAUGACUGUUAAGGAUGUUAACGCAGUGCAUGCAACUGUGCUUGGCAUCUGUGAAACUUCAUCAUGGUAUAAAAGCACAGUUUUCACUCAAAAUUAUUGCCAAAUCCAAAAAUCUAUCAUCUGAAGAACAGCCCAUGUAAAGAGUAAUAAUUCAGCAUGUCUCUAGCAGCUAGCAUUGUGUAAAAAUAUGUGCUUACACUGAUAUGUGCCUGUGAGAAUUAUGAAAAGUUGCAGCAUAACUACUUAAUCCAUGCUGAAGGACUUGGGAGAAGUUUUCAGAGCAGCAGGGUCUCAUACACACUUACAGUUCUUUAGUACCCUAAAAGUAGCUAGAUACCCUCAGAUAAUUCAUGAGUACAUUCGAAGACCAAAUGUGACGUAAAGACAAUUCUUGCAAGAGAGGCUUCAAGAGAAAAAUCUUCAUUAACAGAUUUUGAUAAAAGUCUGAAAUACAAAUUCCUCUCACAUAUAUGUCUUCAAAAAUUGUUGUUUAUUUAAUUUCUUCCAGUAAGUUUCAAUAAGAAUAGUCUUAUUGGAAAUGCGUAUUAUUGCUGUCUCACAUUCCAUCUCCUACUAAUAAAUUCUAGGUUUUGCCCAUUUGUGUUCAAAAAACUUCGUAUUCAUCCUCUGGACAGACUUCCUUAUCUAUGAAUUGUCUUCUUCGUUGCGUUUGAUUUAAAGAAAAUAUUUUUCUAAUGAAAAGGAGAGCAUUUCUUGGUCUGAAUUCACUCAUGACCUCUUUUCUUAAGGUAAUUUGAGCUUUAAGCUAAUUUUUUUCUGUCCAGUGGUCAACUUCAUUUACCUGGUAUGCUCUAUUAGUCCUUAACUGGAAUAACACUAGUAGUAUCACCAUUUGUAAAAGGGGAAAUCACAUUUCCCAGAUACUUUCUGUUAAAAAGAUGAACUGCUAGUCUUCAUAGAGAGAGAGGAAAAAGAAGUUAUUAGUAAUUAUAAACAUUACCUCGUUUUCAACUUCAGAGCUCUGUGAACUUCUUCUUGGUGUGAUCCGUCUGAUAAACCUCUGUAAAGGAAUAUUGGGCUUCAUGAAGAGUGUUUCCUAUAAUGAUAUAUCUGAGCCUUUACAUAGAAGGUGCUGCACAGCUGCUGUCCAAGUGGAAGUAAUGAAGCAAUGGGAGAUACAAAACAAGCAUUCUGCUGCACUCUACAACAUUCUUUUUCUGAAGGUCCAAACUGCAUUCAGUUUUUCAAGAGGAAGAAUAGCUGUAGUCCUUCUGGACAUGGAUGGUACUGUUCUGUUUGGUUCCUCCUCAUUGUUAAUCCUGAAACAGCCUGGGGUUUUUUGUACAUCUGAAGUGCAAGUUUAUGCUGAUUUACUUUCCUUUCUAAUCCAGAAAAUAUUUCUGAAUGUACUAAAAAAAGGACAAAUAUUUUAUCAUCAAAUUAUGUUAUUGCAUUUUAAUAUGUGCCUUGCAAAUGCCUGUGCUGUAGCGUAUCAGGGUUAGUCAUUGCCAGCUGCAGGGGUGGAGCGGGCAACAAAAUGGAGCUGUUAAGCAUAUUGCUGCAGAUACAAGUAUAUCAUCUUUUGAUCCUGUUUACUGAAACACUUCCAUACACCAGAGAGGUCAGUUCAGAGCCAGAUGUGGAUUUGGUUUGGCUAGUUAUCAUCCUCAUGCAAGAUCAUUAGCAACAAAUUGAAUGAACAUUUGUGGGAUUUUCUUUACCAAUGAAGAAGGGGUGGGAGGAAAAACUUAAUUUUGUUUAUUCAGGAAAAUUCUGUUGGAGAAGUUUUAAUAUGGAACAUCUAACAGUAACAGAACUGGCGUGGCUUCAGAGUGGAUAACAUUUGAUUUGGUUUUCAGUUCGUUUUGUUUGAUUUGGUUGUCUAUUUAAAUAGAAACACUAGUUUAUUACCUCUGGUGUGACACUCUGGCCCUCACAAAGACCUCUUAUUCUCAUGCCUCUGAAAAAUGGUGAGUGAAAUUUUCCCUUUGAAAAUUGUGUUUCUGGGUAGGUUAUCCAGAAUAUUGUGUUCAGUUACAGCAUAUUCUGAUUUAAAAGUAAAUUUUCUUCUCUUUUGCAUAAAAUAUAUUCCUGAAUUUACAAGUAGCAUUUCUGAUAAUUUUUUGUCUCCAAUUUUGUAAAAUGCUUCUACAGUUUGUGUUUUUCUGUAAAGCCCAUCAUCAUGCCAGAGCUAAAUGAACUCAGCUUUAAUGUAUUGGUGUAAACUCACAUUAAUAUCACUGGCAGCAGUCAUACUCUGGGUUUACAUGCAAAAGGAGAAAUCACUUUGGCUGUUGCUGGCAGUACAGUAGUUUAAAGUGCUGAGGACCUGCCUUAAGAAUUUUGUAUCUGUGACAAAAGGUUCUCAUUCGCAUCUCAUUUCUGUUAAUGAUAUCAAUGUUAAGUUUUUACCUAUUCUUUUUUCAGUUCCCUGAUUCAACACUCCAGACACUUGCAUUCUGUUGCAUCUUUUGCAUCACCAAAAAAUUACUUGUACUCAAUUCUCUCUAUUGCUAUACAGUUUUGGCCCAGUGUACAGAUUUCAUUAUAGCCUUGUUUUAAACAAAAUUAUUUGGGAACUUCUAGGUGUUUUUCUUACUUUCCAUGUUCUGCUUGUGACUGGUUUGGAAAUGCUCUCUGGUUUCAGGUGAUACCUGACAGUAUCUUCCAAAGCUGCCCCCUCUGGGCAGCCGGUGUGAAGCUAUGCACAGGCUAAAGUUAAGCCUUUAAAACUGUGUUCAUGUGAUUCAUGUGGGGACUUUACUUCUUAUUUGCCUCUUGCAGCUAAUACAAUCACAGCUUAACUGCAGGCUGCAUCAAGCAAGAGCUGAUAAGGGGCUGAAUUCUUCUGGGAAGGAAUCCAUUUGUAGACCUUUAUGCUAUUUUUUUGCCUAUUGUGAGUAAUACUCUUGCUGAGGUGGCCUAAGAGAGAGGAUUUUAAAAUACUAGUCUCCAUGUACAGGCUGAUUUGACUAUAUACUUUGGUUGUGGUCCUUCCCUUGACUUGGUAAAUACUUAUUUCUGGUUUAUUUUCAUGUUCUGCCAAGCUCUAUUUCUGCAGUUCCUUUCUUUAAGCUAGUGUUAGUGUCUGAAUGCUCAGUAAUAUUAACCACUUUGAGAAAUGAUGUGGAGAGAACUGCUAUUAAAGUGUAGUUGUCAUCCACAAGUUCUGGACGUGCCACCGUGCCUUCCUAAGUGUAAAGUGUGUUCCCUUUGUGUUGAUUGGCGAAACGUGUUAGAACUGCUUAACUUUCCCAUGACUUCCUUAUCUCCCAUACAGCCUACAUCAUCCCAGGGUGUCCAUCACGUGUUCUUGCCCUCAAGUUAUCAACUCCUUAGAUGAGUUAAGGGUUCACAGACAUCUCUAAUGUAUGUUUAAUUGUCCUUGUUUAGAAAGGUGGCUCUGACAGUGUUUCUGCCUUCCAAGGAGAGUGGCUAGAUGGGUUUUAAAUUCCUGUCUGGCCUGCUGAGCAUUCCCAGUCCUUCAUUCAUGUAAGUUUUUUCUGUUGUAUUCCCUGAUUUCAGUAUCAUUGUUGUAGUACACUGUGUAAUUGUCAAAGCCAAGAUGUUAAGCAUCUGGAAUAUGUAGCAAGUAUGCUUUUGAUAAUUAAUGUAAAGUAACUUAAAAGAUCAAGGUUUGUACAGUUCUGAUUUCUGUUAGUGUUGAUACAAGUGUCCUUUUUUCCUUAUGUAUUUGUGCUUGCCAGUUGUUGGGAUGCAGCACCCUUGAACUCAGUUUGACAAGGCCUCUGUCCUCGUCUCUGUCAAUUCAUUCAUUCUGAAAUAAUAGAGUUAUCUCCUCAUCCUGAAGCUUCAGUAAAACCUAUGACUACAAGAUGACUUCUUCCAACUGACAUUAGCUUAGCUUUUACUUGGAAUAUUCUUUACCCUUAUGCCACUGUCUGCCACAGAGUUGCACAUAAAGUUCCAAUCAGUUCCAGCAGGACUUGUGGAUGCAAAACAGUAGGGUAAGCUUUUGGCAGAAUAUUAUGGCAGCCCGAUGCAGUUAAACUGGUUUCAUUUUAAUCCCCUAUUUUCAGGGGGUUUCAGUUUAGCCAAAAUCCCUUACACAAAGCUGAAAUGUGGCACGUUUGUUCUCCACUGGGAAGUAUGCUUCUGUUUAAUAAUAAUUUUAUGGGAUUGUAUUUAUGGAAGUGGAAAGAAAAAUGUCAUGAAGCUAGUUUUGUUGCACUUUUCUAAGGCUUUUGUAUGUUGCAUAGAUUUCCAGAAUACAAACAAGUUGUUUGGAGAAGUUAAUGCUUAAAACCUACUUUGCCCCAGUAUAGCUAUGUAUUACGUGCAUUUUCAUUCUAGUGAUAUGUGUAUUAUUUUAAUUGCAUGUAACUAGUUUAUUUAUAUGGUAGUUAGGAAGCCCAGUGGACAUUUCCUGCUGCGGAGGAGCCAUUGGCAGUCCUGGUUCCACAGUUCAUGAACUGACCUGUUUUGACAGUAGACUGCAUUUGCAAUAAUGGAAUAGUCAUUUUUGUUUCUGGACUCUGUUUCAACAACUGGGGAGAAAGAGGCUGCUCUUUUUUUGUCUCAUUGUUGACAUUUCUCUGGAGGCUUUUACUGGUUUCCAAUUAUUGCAUAUGUUCCAUUAGGAUGAUUACUUGGGAAUCAGCUCAGUAAAGAGGGCACAAGUACAUGUAACAUAAGUAAUUAAUCUUUGUAAUUUACAACAUUUCAGCUUGUUAGAAACUUUUUCUGUGUAUUGUAAGGUCAAUUUUACUAUUUUUAAGUAGCACUUUUAUACAUAUCUGAAGGGUUAUUUUGAACAGAAAUGUUUUUCCUGCAUAUUAUCUAAUGGCAAGAAAGUAUAACACUACUAAACAAAGCAUAGACUAAUUAGCCUCCAGACUGUAAGUUCACUUUAGGUCAGUAAUGAUCAGGAGUUGUUCUAUGUAUGUGAAAUAAAUCAGUGAUCCCAUUUAAUGUUGGACAACUCUCCAGAUCAAAGACAGAAGGGCAUUAAUUGCUACCCUCCAGCGCUUGAGUGAGGGUUCUUUCAGUUCACGUGUGAGGCAGAAUUAGCAGAACAGUGUGAUGAAUUUGGACUUCAUGAAAGAACAGAAUUUUAUUGACAUCUCACUCUAACUUCACGUCAUUACAUUGGAUAAGGACUAACCUUGUUUGAGAUGACACUGCAGCCAGCAAUAAUCUCUCUCAAAUAGCUAAUUUAAAGCUCAUUUUCCGUGGCUUUUAAAGGUGACGUAGAACACGGUGAUUCUUAAAAACUCUUCUCAUCCAUCCAGCUUUUCUGAUUUGUAUUGGCUUUAUAGUCCCUUGAAACGCAACUGUAGACUUACCUAACAGUACAUGUAUGGGUUUAGUAAUUCUUGUUCUAGAAAACAAGCGCUUUUUUCCAGAGCCCUUUCAAAUGUUUUACACACACACAUUGACAUAUAUGGACAUUUUACAUCUAUAGAGAGGUUUUGCAUAAAUAUAUAUAUCUACAUACAUGUAUACACACAUGUGUAUACACAUAUGUACAUCUACAGGUUCUUAAUAAAACUGAACACGUUUCAAGAAGUGCUUGUGUCUUGAACACUUAGGGUGGUGUAUUAGUGCGUAUAUAUAAAAGGUAAGGAGAAAAAAAACCAAACAACAUUUUGUUUGCUUCUAGUUAUAGCUGACAAAUACAGGUUUGAGGAAAAUUUGGAAGUAUGUUCAAAUUGUAUUUCACCCUGUUUCUGGUUUGAAAGGCACAAGCUGUUCAUCGUUGGAACUUAAAAGGUCAGCAAGCAUAUUUUAAGCUAAACCUUUUGGAGGACCCAAUAUGCUUUUAGUUUGCAAGGACCACUAAAGAUCUGGGCAUUUACUUUCUCCAUAAUGUAUUCUGUAUAAGUAUUUAGUAUGUAUGCCUUCAAUUUGCCAAUGUUGCCAUGUUCUCUUCUUAAUUAUUCAUGAAAUAAAGAUUGCAAAUAGCAAAA